AUGUCGAAUUUACUUGACUUGAUAAAUCAUGAUGACGAUGACAGUUACUUGCCUUCACCUUCACCUCCGCAACCACAACCUACAAAGCAACAAGUGGAAUCUUCACAACAACAACAACAAAAACAACAACAGCAAGCAGAACAAGAACCAGUAGAAGAGUUACCUACUUCAAUUACACAAGAACACAUACUAGCAAGUUUCGAAAAAAUAAAGACUCAUUUCCCUGCAGCCAGAAUUAAGAAAAUCAUGCAAAGUGAUGAAGAAAUCGGUAAAGUUGCCCAAGCUACUCCUAUUAUUGUUGGUAGAGCAUUGGAAAUAUUUAUGGCUAAUUUGGUAGAAGGAUCAUUACUAGAAGCCAAGAAGCAAGGUGUCAAAAGAAUAACUGCAUCACAUGUUAAAUCUGCUAUUGAAAACACAGAACAAUUUGAUUUUUUGGUGGAGGCUGUUGAGAAAUAUCCUUCAUUAAAGAACUAA